AUGGAGGAAACAGAUGAGGAAGAAUUAGUAGAGGAUUUGAAUAUAGAAUUUUUCGCUCUGAAAUAUUUUACUAUGAGUAAACUCAAACAGUAUAAAAAAGACAUUGAGAAAAUGAAAAAAGACUCACAAGAGAAGGAUAAAAAAGCGGAGAAAGAAGUAGAAAGACUUCAAGAAAGAAUAAGGGAGUUAGAGGAAAAGGAAAAAGUACAGAAAUCUGCUAUAGAAGAGAGUAGCAGUGAGGCAGACGAAUCACCCUCACCGCAUCGGAGAAAAAUUCACAGAAAAAAAAGGGUGGAAGAUUGUUCAGUGUCGAAAACAAUGGCCACGACUCAAAAAAGUAUUGAGACUGACCUGGCAACUCCACAGUUGACGCGACUCCCAUCAACACCAAAAGCAUUGUUCAAGGUGCCUCAGUGUGUGGAGGACCUUUCUCCGGAAUGCUCAGAGAAACUAAGAGAUGUCAUAGUAUAA